AUGCUAUAAACCAUUUAAUCUCAUUUGAUUAGUGAGAAUAUAACCACCCCGCCCAUCGUUUGUCUAUCACUGUGGCACACACCCCACCACACAACACGACACACUACACCACAUCAAUCAUUUACGACUCCACACGCCCCCCUGCUUACCCACAGCCCACCACAGUACCACCGACUUCACAUUUCGAGGCACACCGGAGCGCAGAGAAGCAGUUUCCUGCAGAGAAACGCCGCGAGGAGAGAGGUUUAUACUGCUGCGUCACAAAGAGUCGUUUCGCGUCUUUUAAAUGCUUUAAAUUUCCCUUAUGACGUCACACCAUGAAGACAUCACGGAAGGCUGAUCUUUUUUCAUAUUUACAGGAUUUUUAACGUCUGCGUAAUACGUAAUUGAAUCUUAAACUUUGACAUUGAAUACUUCACAAAAGUAUUUAAAGUGUUUAAAAUAUUUAUCUAAAGUGUGAAAUAAAUAGGCCUACAUUUUUCCCCUGUUGUAAAGUAGGGGUUGCGUCUCCAACGUUUUGGAGCUAUUCAGUGAUUUAAAAUUAAAAAAAAUCUGUUUAUUAAACUGACUUAAAUUGACGUCAUCACUGUUAUUUGUGACCAUGGACCACAAAACCAGGGCCAUAAGGGUCCAAAUCAUAUGAGAGCUGAAUAAAUAAGUUUUCCGUUGAUGUAUGGUUUUGUUAGGAUAUGACAAUAUUUGGCCGAGAUACAACUAUUUGAAAAUCUGGAAUCUGAGGGUGCAUAAAAAAUAAAAAUACUGAGAAAGUGAGGUCCCUAGCAAUGUAUAUUACUAAUCAAAAAUUAAGUUUUAAUAUUUUUACGUUAAGAAAAAAAUAUCUAGGAACAAAAUAUCUUGUAACAUCUUAAUAUCUUAAUGAUUUUUGGCAUGAAAGAAAAAUCGAUAAUUUAGACCCAUACAAUGUAUUGUUGGCUAUUGCUACAAAUAUACCCAUGCUAUUUAUGACUGGUUUUGUGGUCCAGGGUCACAUAGAAUAGCAGGUUUACAGUAUUUCUAGAAUGUACAAGAUUAUGUGCUCAUGUAGGCUGCUGUAAGAGCUGAGUAUGUCCAGUAAGCGGCAGUAAAUCGACUCGCGCUGUUCCAUCUGCUCCACUAGAAGAAGAGGGAGAUUCAAAAGACAGCUGCUGCGACAGUGAUAAAGUUAUCAGCAUGCAUGCUUCUGAGAUCAUCUAUUCCCCAUUCCAUCCUCACCUUAGCCCUGUCAGUCAUUUUGUCUCCCAUCAACCCUGUUCAGAAUAUGGUUGAGGGGAUGGAGUCUGUCAUCGGGAGACGUGGCUUUUCAGUGAUCUGGAAUAUACCUACUGCUCGGUGUCAGCGUCGAUAUGGAGUCUCCCUGCCGCUGCGCCAAUUCAACAUCAUUCAUAACUCACAGCAGAGAUUUCAGGGUCAAAAUAUGAGCAUAUUUUAUCAGCGCCGUCUGGGUCUUUAUCCCUACAUCAACCGUCAAGGCUCAAAGGUCAAUGGUGGCCUGCCUCAACAAGGAUCCCUGAAGGCUCACCUAUCAUUGGCUGAGGCGCAGAUCAAUGAAGUGUUGAGACACACGUUCAGUGGAUUAGCCGUGCUAGAUUGGGAAGCAUGGCAGCCCAUAUGGAUGUGGAACUUCGGGACAAGAAUUGUAUAUAGGAAAAUUUCCAAAAAGCUGGUUAGGUGGAAACAUCCAGAUAUGUCAGAGGAAGAAGUGAAAUCCGAGGCGAAGGCGGAGUUUGAAUUAGGAGCAAGACUGUUUAUGGAAGAGACUCUGCGCCUUGGUGUUCGCCUCUGCCCAGAGGGAUUAUGGGGGUUUUAUGGGUUUCCCAGUUGUUAUAACAAUCAAGGCCAAGGGCAGAGCGGAUACACGGGGCAGUGCCACAAUGGAACAGAGAUUCUGAAUGACAGACUGGCGUUUCUAUGGCAACACUCUACCGCCUUGUAUCCCAGCAUUUAUUUGUGGCGUAAGCUGGCCGGACAUGUACACGCUCAACUCAUGGUGAGACACCGUGUACUUGAGGCCUUCCGAGUGGCAUCCCAGCAUUCACCUGGCACUGAAGCACUUCCUGUUUUUCCCUAUGCCAGAGUGGCGUUCACACACACAUUGGCGUUUCUGAAUCAGACGGAUUUGGAGCACACACUAGGUGAGAGUGCUGCUUUAGGGGCCGCUGGAGUCGUGUUAUGGGGCGAGCUGAGUUUUGCAAAGUCUAAGCGGCAGUGCGCUCUCCUGCGUGAUUACAUUAGCUCAGAAUUAGGAGAGUAUGUCGCCGCCCUGCAGGCCGGUGUGAGGAACUGCAGUAAGAGAAUGUGUAACAACCAGGGACGCUGCGCUCGACGGGACCCUCACUCAGGUUACAUGAUCUCUAUACAUGGUACCCAUGAAGCUCUUCCUCUCAGUGACAUGAGGUCAAAGUUCAAGUGUGUCUGUUACGAAGGAUGGGGAGGAGAACACUGCGAGCAAAGAAUUUCCUAAGAACAGAUAUGCUUUUCUGAUUUUCAUUCAUUUUCACUGUGGGGAUUUUUAAAACAUCUUUGUUGAAAAAGUUAUCACUGUUAUCAAAGCUACUCACUGUGUUGGUUUGGUGAAUCACAUUACAAAUUUUGAUUUGAAGCAAAUAAGCAUUUGAAAAUCGAACAAAGGCCAGAGCACAAGAGUGAACAAAAUAAAGAGUGUAUCUAAAUAAUAAAGUAGUGUAAGCAUA